AUGAAGCGAAAAAAACAUGAAGAUGGAAGAAGUCGACGAAUCCCCAUCGCGUUCCGGCGAUUCGUCGGGGUCCGGAUCCGAAUCCGAAUCCGAGACGAUCUAUCACCCGAAUCCGUAUCCGUGUCUGCCGGCUCCGAGUGCGACAACGACGAAGAAGAAACGGCUGCAGCGCCGUCGGCUCCGCCGCGAAACCACCAGAGGAAGUCACAAAACGUAGCCGCGCUUGUGAGGGGAAACCUAGAAGUGAAACGGCAGUCUCUAUUUCCUCGAGUUUAUUCGGUAAUAGAUGGAGAUGCAACCUCAAGGAAGCCCUUCAAGCCGCCCUCUUCCAGUGGUUACUCUGAUAAAGAGCAGCUGGUGCGUCGGCUUUGUGCUCGUAAGAGGUUUGUGCCAUGGGGUUCCAAUAAGCCUGUAUUAGUCAACAUUACAAACAUGCUUAUUGCUCCCAAUACCAUUGAGAAUGAUGAACCAGAGGAGUCUGUAUCACUGCCUCCAGGAAUCGAGCCUCUGGUGUUAUGGCAGGUGGAAGAAUCCAAAGAGGGGGACAAUGAUUUUGCUUCUGUAAUUGUAGAUCCCUUGCUCGUGAAAUUUCUCCGGCCCCAUCAAAGAGAAGGGGUUCAAUUCAUGUUUGAUUGUGUUUCUGGUGCUCUUAGUGCUGCCAAUAUCAAUGGGUGCAUUUUGGCUGAUGAUAUGGGAUUGGGAAAGACCUUGCAGUCGAUCACACUACUCUACACUCUUCUUCGUCAGGGAUUUGACGGGAAACCAAUGGUCAAAAAAGCAAUAAUUGUGACACCUACUAGUCUAGUGAGUAACUGGGAAGCUGAAAUCAACAAAUGGGUUGGGGAAAGAGUGAAGCUUGUUGCUCUUUGCGAGAGUACUAGAGAAGAUGUUGUCUCUGGCAUUGACAGUUUCAUUAGUUCUCGCAGCCGUGUACAGGUAUUGAUUGUUUCAUAUGAGACAUUCCGGAUGCAUUCUUCAAAGUUUAGCGGAAGUGGAUCGUGUGACCUACUUAUAUGUGAUGAGGCUCAUAGGCUAAAGAAUGACCAAACGUUGACCAAUCGGGCUUUAGCUGCUUUAUCAUGCAAACGUCGGAUUCUGUUGUCAGGGACUCCAAUGCAAAAUGAUCUUGAGGAGUUCUAUGCCAUGGUUAAUUUCACAAAUCCUGGAAUCCUGGGUGAUGCUACAUAUUUUCGGCGUUAUUAUGAGAUGCCAAUUGUUUGUGGUCGAGAGCCAACGGCUUCUGAAGAAGAAAAGCGGCUUGGUUCAGAGCGAUCUAUGGAGCUAAGUGCAAAAGUAAAUCAGUUUAUACUGCGGAGGACUAAUGCGCUACUGUCUAACCACUUACCACCAAAGAUAGUUGAAGUUGUGUGCUGCAAGUUGACGCCUCUGCAAUCUGAGUUGUACAACUAUUUUAUACAUUCAAAAAAUGUUAAAAGGGCAAUUUCUGAAGAAGCAAAACAAGCAAAAAUCUUGGCUUACAUAACUGCUCUUAAGAAGCUCUGCAACCACCCAAAGCUAAUAUAUGAUACAAUAAAAAGUGGGAGUCCAGGAAUAUCAGGGUUUGAGGAUUGUCUGCGUUUCUUCCCACAAGAAAUGUUCUCUGGAAGAUCUGGAUCUUGGACUGGUGGCGAUGGGGUAUGGGUUGAACUAUCUGGAAAAAUGCAUGUCUUAGCCCGGUUACUUGCUCAACUUCGUCAGAAAACGGAUGAUAGGAUCGUUCUAGUUUCAAAUUACACACAGACAUUGGACCUUUUUGCUCAAUUAUGCCGUGAAAGAAGAUACCCUUUUCUAAGACUUGAUGGGACUACAUCAAUCAGCAAAAGGCAGAAAUUAGUUAAUCAAUUCAAUGAUCCCUCAAAGGAUGAGUUUGCGUUUCUCUUGAGUAGCAAAGCUGGAGGUUGUGGCCUCAAUUUAAUUGGUGGAAAUCGACUGGUUCUUUUUGACCCUGAUUGGAAUCCAGCCAAUGAUAAACAAGCUGCAGCAAGGGUCUGGAGAGAUGGACAGAAGAAGAGAGUCUACAUCUAUAGAUUUUUGAGUACUGGAACAAUCGAAGAAAAGGUGUACCAGCGUCAAAUGUCAAAAGAAGGACUUCAACAAGUUAUUCAGCGAGAGCAUGUAGACUCAGAGAAGGGAAAUCACCUUUCAACAGAAGAUCUUCGUGACUUGUUCUCAUUUGACGAGAGCAUGAGUUCGGAAAUUCAUGAGAAGAUGUGCUGCAACCGUUGCAAGCAACAUGAAACGAUGCCUGGAAGCAGUUCUCCACGUAAUUACACAAGUGAGAGCUGCUCGACUGGUGAAGAGGAUAUAGGGGGAUUUGCAGGACUUGCUGGGUGCUUCAACAAUUUAAAAUCCCACGAGAAACAGGUCGGAACUCCAAAGGAAGAGGAUUUAGCUAGCUGGGGGCAUCAUCAUUCUCCAUCAUCUGUGCCUGAUUGCAUACUUCAGGCUUCAGCCGGAGAUGAGGUUUCAUUUGUUUUUACAAAUCAAAUAGGCGGGAAGCUUGUCCCAAUCGAAUCAGCUGCAAGACCAAAGACAGAGGCGGUCAAUGAACAUAAUAAAAACCAGACCAAUUUCAGAAAAGUUCGAGCAGUAUUGUCGUGUAAGCGUGACGACACACCGCCGCAACCGAUCUCUCUUAAGAGGGAUUCCGUAGAAAGACCAUUCAAUUUGAAACCUCUAACCAAGCCACGCUCAAAAUUAAUGAGAACUUCACAAGGUAAAACUAACCUCAAAGUGUUGCCUAUAAUUUCCCCUAGUAUUGAAAUACCUUCAAAUUCAUUGUCUUCUGCUUACAUAAAUGACGAUGAUUUUGCUUAGCUUAUGAGAUUUUUACCCUCUCGAUUUUUCGUAACCUAAUCAACAAACUUCCAUAUGCAAA